AUGUUCUUGUUGAACUGUCUUCUAGUCGCGGACGAGGAGUUGACAUCCCUCGUCUACGAGGCCCGUCCGACGGCGCAGGCGCAGCCGGACGGUUGGCCGCCUGCUCUUGCUACUGUUGCUACCGCUAUGAGCGUGGAGAUGCAGCUGGUGACUUCUACUUCUGGGGUUUCUUGCGAUCGAUCUUUCGUGGUGGAUAUUGAGGAUGCUGCUGUCGUCGCCGCCACCGCGGAGGUGGAGGAGGAGGAGAGAGCUCCGUUGUUUGGGGAUAGGAACGCUGGGGAGGGCAAUAAUGAUGAUGAUGAUGACGAUUCGAUGGAGAUGAGCAGGGGGAUUCGGUUGGGGCUUGGGGAUUUUGUGUUCUACUGCAUCCUUGUUGGGAGGGCGGCGAUAUAUGAUCUGAUGACGGUUUACGCUUGCUAUCUUGUGAUUCUGUCGGGGCUUGGAUGCACGUUGAUAUUGUUGACGGUGUGGCGGAGGGCAUUGUCGGCCUUGCCCAUUUCGAUCAUGCUAGGGGUGGCUUUCUAUUUCUUGACGCGGUUGCUGAUGGAGCCGUUUGUUGUUGGGGCCUCUACUAACCUGGUUCGGUCUUUCUAGAGAACGAGUUAGACAAGUGAUGCUGGGAAUUAGAAGCAAUGCUGGUGAAUUAGAAGCAAUGUUGUAUAUAUAAAGAAAAGGAAUAGGAAAUGUGUAAAGUUCAUAGUUAAUUGCCAGGAAUAGGAAAUGUGUAAAGUUCAUAGUUAAUUGUCAGGAAUAGGAAAUGUGUAAAAUGAUAUACAUGUAUCAAAUUUGCAAGUACUAAUAAAAACAUAUGUUUCCAAU